GAAAAAUGUAGUAAUGAACUACACAGAAAUGGAAGCCAAAGUGCGAGAAGCUACUAAUAAUGAGCCUUGGGGGGCUAGCAGCACACUGAUGCAGGAGAUAGCUCAAGGAACCUAUAAUUAUCAAUAUUUUAAUGAGAUAAUGCCGACAAUUUAUAAAAGAUUCACAGAAAAAGAAGCACGACAGUGGAGGCAAAUUUAUAAGGCUCUUGUGCUUUUAGAAUAUCUGGUAAAACAUGGAUCCGAGCGAGUUGUUGAUGAUGCUCGUGCACAUAUGGCUACUAUAAAAAUCAUGAGGAAUUUUGCUUACAUUGACGAAAAGAACAAGGACCAAGGGAUUAAUGUUCGAAAUCGUGCUAAAGAACUUGCAGAAUUGCUGAGUGAUGUUGAAAAAAUUCGUACAGAACGCAAAAAAGCCAAAGCCAAUAGGACAAAGUAUACCAGCGUGAGUUCAGAUUCUCUUGGUUAUAGCGGAUUUGGAGGAUCUGGUUCUCGAUAUGGAGGUUUUAGUGGUGAUUCUUUUGGAUAUAGUGAAGAAAGAACACGCACACGUUAUGAUGAUUAUGAUACACAAUGGCCGAAUGAAAGUAGAACCGGUCGAAACUCCCCACCUGGUGAAAGGCGAUCCAGUGGAUCACGAUCGAGCUUGAGCGUUUCCAAAAAGCAGAAUGAAUCAGCCGCCUUCAAUGAGUCAUCAAUUACUACUAUUGCAGCGGUAGAAAAUUCUGAAGUUAAUUUAUUUGAGUUUGAAACCUCACCUACUGUAGAGUCUAAACGUGAUUCAAUUGGCAAUGAAUUCUCUCAUGUGAAAUCUAAGUUGUCUGUUGAUGAUGAAUUUCAAGAUUUUCAAAGCGCCCCAGCAUUAGCACCACCCUCUCAACGAUCAUCGAUAACAAUACAGCACCCACAGUUGCAUUCUGAUUUAACAAAUACUAAAUCACAAAUGUCUCAAGGUAACACUAUUGCACCAUCCCUCAAAACAUCCGUUGAAGCAAACAACACUUUAAUCGAUGAUUUGCUUGGUCCUGUUUCUCCGGUCUCUUCUCAUCCUAUCUCUCAUAAUCAAUCCUUCGUGAGCUCGAAAUCGAACGAUCUAUGGGCAGAAGCAUCCAAUCUUGUCAGUUUGGAUUCAUUGGGAAUGAGAAAAGAUUCAGGGUCAACUAACAGACCCUCAGUUGCGCCAUCAAUGAAUUCCAUGGUUCAAGCUAACACCAGUUCGGCUUGGGCCGCUAAGGGAACUUGGAACAGCGGCUCACAAAAUUCACAAAUAACAUCCCAAAACCCUCAAGAUCCUUUUGAUUUGCUUCUGUGA